AUGAAGGUAGCGUUGUGCUCAGUUUCAUCGGCAUUACUGUUGGAGCCUCUACUCGAUGUUUACAGUGCUUCUUUGAAUCAUAAAAUCAAGGCAGAGAUCGAAUUUUGGGUUUGUGUAAACAGGACAUGCCGGAGACAAGGCUCCAGAGAAACCCUUGAAAUCCUAUCAGGCCUUGCCCCUGCUGAUGUCUCCAUCAACUCUUGCGGUUGUUUGGGCCGAUGUGGCUCAGGUCCCAACCUCGUUGUCUUGCCCGACAGCAUCAUGGUCCGUCUUUGUGGGACUCCUUCACGAGCUGCUGAAGUAAUGCUGAGCUUUUGUGGUGGCAGCAAUGAUUCUUUGGAUGCUAAGAAGAAUCUUGAGACGCUUGCGUUGAGGAAGAGGGGAGAGGAGGCAUUGGAGAAGGGUGAUUUUGCAGAGGCUGAGCUUUUAUUCUCUCAGGUAGUCAAAAUUUUAGUUUUAGUAGCUUGUAUUGGGCAUUAUGUGCAGUUGUGA